AUGGAGGAGAUUGUAUUAACUGUGGCUGCCAUGAAAACUUCGAACUAUGGUGACCAUUUCACUCUAGGAAAAUUAAAAGAAUGGCCAGACCCCACGGCAGUUUCUUUAAUGGAGGCAUUAGCCAAAGAAGACAUUGAUGAAGCUGUAAAUGUAAUAUUACUUAGAGAAAGUUAUGCUGUGAAGAGAUUAGAUACAUAUUUUCAGCAUCUGGACAUUUUUAAGAAAAGAAGAAAGGAAAUAUUACAUAAAAAAUGGGUUGAAAAUAUUGCAGAGCCUCUUCAGCAAAGAAUUAUGGAAAAAGUAAUUUCACAUAGAGGACUGAAAAACACAAAACAAGAGAAUUUUGAAUAUUAUUUACAGCAUACAAAUAAAACGGGAACUGCAAUUGGAUACCGUUAUGAUUCUGAAGUUUGUAAUCCUUUUUAUAUGAAGAAAAAGGACUCAAAAUGUGGGAAGGUUUUCAUCCCACCGUCAACUGAUCCUAUGUUUCCAAGGCAGCAAGAUGAAGAGAAUCGAGCUGUUCAAUGUGAAACAGGAAAAAUAUAUUCCAUAACAGAAUUUAAAGAAAUGGAGAAGGCUAAAUUGCAUGUUAGCCUGCCUUGGUUCUCAUUCACUCUACACAGUGUGAUUCCACAAGAAAGGUGGAAAGACUCUGCGAGACCCAUGAACAGUAAAACGGGUAGUAGUACAUGCAGACUUGAAAAGCUAACCUGUAUAGAAAAGAAAUACCUGUCUGAUGAGGAGAAAAAGACUACUGACCUAAGUCAGGCUGCUUUUGAAGAGCAGUUUCAUUUCUUGACGCUCAACCAGGAGAAUAAGAGGGAUGAGAAGAAGGGUCUGGUGAGUCGUGGUCUGGGGGUGUCAGGAGCCAGACAGCACAGACCCCGGUCCUGGGCAGCUAGGGAGAGGCAUCAUCAAGAGGGCGCGCAGCCGGUGGAAAGAAGAGUCCUGACGGCCCAUGUCCUGGGGCAGCACCGGGCCUCACUGCAGGGUGGCCGUGAGGAGGUGCUGUUCUCCCUGUCUCCUAAGACAUCCGAUCCUGAAGAGCACCGAGGGCUUGCUAGGGCCAUCUCACCAGAGGGGAGGGAGGUAGCCGGCUUGGAGCACAAGUGCUCAGUUUUCCACUUGAUUCUAACCUGGUCAUCUAAGGGUGCACCCCCUUUCCCCACACCCUUCAGGUCCAAGGGAGUGAUCGGUUGUUAG